AUGGCUGCCUACUCAGUACUUAGAAUAGACCUCAGCCACAGCCAGACACCUGCUAUAUCAAACACCGGCGUGGCACUACUGCAGCUAACAGAGACCCCUGGCCCUCUCCUGUCCCUCAGUGGUUCAAGAAGAAAAAGCAACCUCCAGGCUUCUAUUUUCACCACCCCGGCGCCAAACACAGAUAGGGAUACAACACAGCCCCAGGCGCAGCUGGCAGAGUGCCUUGCUGUGGCAUCAGAAUGGGCUCCCACUCCAUAUUUGAAGGUUCGGCCCGUGUCGUUGUGGCAACUUCUCUGCUCCACUGGGGAUUCAUUUUCAAAAGUGAUAAUGGCUUUGACUAGCGAUCUUCUUGCCACUCCGUUACUUACAAGCCACUCGCCUUCGGAGGCGUUUCUGGGGCUGCCCAUCCCGCCUAUCUCGCUGGAUGAGGACGAUCUCACCUCGCUGGUCGAGGAUUUGCCAGAGACGCCCUCCCCUUGUGUAAGGAGGGAGUCGAGGCGCGUGAAUAAGAAUCGUCGAAAGACUCCGAAUUAUCGAUUUAUCAAAGAGCUUGAAAGAAGGAACCGGUCGCCGGAGUUUGCCGCCAUACUUCGCAAUCUCGGGGGUCCGCCGCCUGAUGGAGAAUCAGCUCGACCUGGAUCUGAUGCCCUGGAAUCAAGAUCGCAUGAUGAUACAGAAAGCCAGAGACUCGAGCAGCAGACUUCAGCUUUAGAGCUUUCAAGCCCCGAGGAUUCUCAGACUGACGACUCUACUGAAAUACCCUCCUUCACCCCCAACCGACAUACGCUCCCAGAAAUAUUCCGCGACAUGAGAGACGCAUACAUUCUCUUCGACCGCCUAGACGAAAGCCCAUUUUUCAAGAUCGGAAAGUCCACCGACACCAAGAAACGAACAGUGACGCACCUGCAAAAGUGCCAGCUGAGGACAUGGGCGUCGCGAGCAAGACCAGCAACGCCUAUCCGGAUGCCGACGAGACUCGAGCGACUGGUGCAGGCUGAGCUGCAGAAUCUCAAUUAUGUUCCAGACUGUCACUGCACUGUUAACCAUAGUGAGUACUUCUGGGGCCGGAAAGACGUUGGUCUUGAGUCGUUGGACUUUUGGUGCCGGUGGCUGCAGCACAAUGAGCCGUAUGACUGCGAUGGGCGGCUUAAGGGGUUUUGGACCGAUCGGUUGGAACUCUUCCAGGGAAAUGUCGAUAAAUAUUUCAGAUGUGAUAGUCUUGUGUGCGCAGUACGAAACGAGGACACCCCGGCUUGCCGUGACUGUCUGCGAGCUGGGUGGAAAAAAUGGACAGAACCAACACCAGAAGACGAACUCGACUACGCCUGCAGAGCGAAUAUCCCAUGGAGACAAGGUCAACACCUCAUUAAGCGGUUUAGCAGAUUUGGCUUCGUCAAUACUUUCACUCUGGUCUCGUUUGCCAACGUGAUCGGCUUGCUUUUGUCCAUCUGUAAAUGGCUUUCGGAGCCCAACGUAUACCUAUCCCUCAUACCUCUCAGGCUUAUGGCAUUCUGGCUCGAGCCGAAGACCCAGCUGCCAGAGUCUGUUGUUCGAUUCGUUCUUUCAUUUGCAGAUACGGUUCUUCUGGUUGUUUGUGUUUAUGCUCGCUUUCAACAUCGCGAUGGAUCUGUCGAUGGAAGAGGGAGUCCACGAAGGCCGCCCAAGAGAGCAAAGAGGAGCAGUGUUGGAGAGGCAAGACAGGGCGAUGUUAGAGAACUGGAACUGUAG